UUUCCUAACUCUAUCAUUAUUUCAGGUAGAUAUAAAGAAAACCAUUCAAAUUCUAAGUACUGAAAUUGAAGGAAUCUUUCAGAAGAGCCCUCCUGAAUAUGAAAAUAGAAGUCUAUUUGGAGAAGCUGCAAAAAUGCUUGAUGAAUUGAAGCAACUUCAUGCUGCAUUAGAUGCGAGUGAGGUGAAGCUUCGGAAUGAUAACUCAACAAUUGGAGAGCUUUUAAACAAGUUGCAGUCAAGAAAGCCACGAAUGGAAACUUUGCUGAAUCACAUAUUCGCACAGAAGGAUAAAAGCUUUGGAUCAGAUGGAUGGGAUGAGGAAUAUAGGGACAAGAAGUCCAUGGAAUGUUUGCUGAAUCACAUAUUUGCACAGAUGGAUAAAAGCUUUGGAUCAGAUAGAUGGGAUGAGGAAUAUGAUGACAACAACUCCAAAGAAGGUUGCUAUUUUGUUAGGGGCAAUAUGGAUGCUUGGCAGGCUAAUGUUGCUUCUGGAAGUCCGUGGAGCAAUCACAACAUAGAUAAAAAGGGAAAGGGAAGUGGCAAGUCCAAGAAAAACCCCAAAGGAAAAGCAGGACAAAAACGCAAGUAGACAUGAACAGCUUUAACCGUGCAGUGCAAUUGAUACAAAAUCCAUUAACUUCCUUUGUUUUCCCCCCCUCAGGUAUGCAUAUGUAGCUUGUGAGAAUAUAAGGACCUUUUGUUACAAUAUAAGGACCUUUUGUUACUAAUCCCAUAAUUUCCACUGUUUAUAUCUCAUCCUUGAAAGACAGAAGUUCCAAGUGUCCUCUUAAAAAUCGGAUUGUUUGGCUUUUACACA